CGCCCGCCGUCGCCGCCGCGUGGUGCGGGUUGUCCCCAGCAGGCUCCCGUCGGCUUCGCGGGGUGGGGCUGUCCCCGUCCCCGAUCCCGGUCCCGUCCCCGAUCCCGGUCCCGUCCCCGAUCCCGGUCCCGUCCGCGCUCCCGGUCCCGUUCCCGCCGAUGGCGGCGUUCAUGCAGCGGAAGGCGCAGCGCCUGGCGCGGGCUGACGCCAGCAGGAAGGGCGGCCUGGACGAGCGCGCCGCCGCCGUCGUGCAGCUGCUCAACGGGCGGUCGCGGUUCUGCACCACCAGCUCCUGCUCGGGCCGCCUGGUCCUGGCGCAGGGCGGCGCCGCGGACACGCAGAGCUGCGGGAUCCAGAAGACAAACUGCACGUGGCUGCUGGUGACACACGAGGCGUGCGCGAAGGACGAUGUGAUGACAGCCCUAGAGAAAGCCACUGGUGACGUUGUGCUCAAGUUUGAACCAUUUGUUCUUCACGUGCUAUGUCAAGAGCUGCAAGAUGCUCAGCUUGUGCAUUCAGUGGCUGUCAAUUCUGGGUUCAGGAACUCUGGUAUUACAGUUGGCAGAGGAGGAAAAAUUAUGAUGGCCGUCCGGAGCACUCACUGCUUGGAAGUUCCCUUGAGCCACAAGGGCAAAUUGAUGGUCUCUGAGGAAUACAUGGAAUUUCUGAUAGACAUUGCUAAUCGGAAGAUGGAAGAAAACUCCCGGAGGAUUGACAGAUUCUACAAAUGCUUGGAGUUGGCUUUGGAAGCUGCCACCAGUGCUGACACCUCACCUGAGGAGACAGAGAAGAACCAUGCCGUGUACACUCACAGGAGAAAGAGGAAGACCAUUCAGGAACAAGGUGCACACACCUUCCCAAAGGAUCACAGUGAAGAACCAGAGCCUGAGGAUGAUGCAGAAACCGAUCUCGGUAUUUUUUCUGAACUGAUGAUAUAGACUAAGACAUUUGAAAGCAAAUGGCAAACUGAAUAAGCAUUGUAAUGCUCUUUGUAAGACAUACAAACUGCUCUGUUCUAAGUAGUAACACCCUCGUGGACAUUUACCAGGAAGAAAGGUAAUUAAACCGAAUUGUGAACAGGAUUAAUGCCACAGAAGCACAGAGAACAAAACCUUAGAAUGCUGUGGGGGUUUUAACAGCACUGUUGAACUAACAAUCUCUUACUCUGUCGGUUAUCACAGAAAUAACUGGUUUGCUGCCUCCUUUGGUCAUGUUCUCCGUGGAAGCAUUUCACUUCCAAAUCCUGGGUUUAGGCUGUCUGGCAGAGCAGAGAAACCCUGAAAACUGGGUGGUUGUCCUUGAAGGCUUUUAAUCCCUGCAGGACCUCUUCAGAGCAGCAUGCACCAAUACAGGUGGCCCUUUCAGACCGCACAAAGCCACGUGUCAGUCAGUGGAAGAGCAGUACGUGCUGUGGAGGUAAGGAGAGCAGAAGCUGUGUCCUGCUCUGUGCUGGCCAUGGUGGGUGCAUCCAGGACCCUUCCUGAGCUGUGCACUGGGCAGCACAGUUGAUGCUGUUCUCCUGCUCCUCACUGCUUCAGGCCCCAGCCCCGCUGUGCUCGUGUCUGCUUCCCUUGGCCAGUGGCGGUUGUUAUUUUUCUUCGCACCUUUUAGCCAGCCCUUUGUGCUGGCAGUUCCUUACCUCACUUACAUGGUAUCCUACAUGGCCAGCACCCAGCUUCAGUUCCAGCCCUUGGGCAGAAAGUCAAGUGUACAGCAGUGUGCUUUGGUACCACUGUGAACCACUGACAUGCAAUGUUAGCUGUGAAACAGUGUGAUGCUCUGUGUGUUCCUGUAUGGGACCACUGGAAAAGGCACUCUACUCAGAGUGUGUUUUUGGGGAAAAUGGUGAACUUGUAAACCUUAGAACAGGGAAUUCUGAGCCCAGCCUUGUAUGGCAGAGUGAUGGCUAACACUGCAGAGCAAGGCCCUGCCUGAAGGAAAUGUCUCUGGUGCAGCAGUCCCAGUUCACAGGGGGAGGGAGCCGUCAUUGUUUCCACUACGUGAGCCCAAGUGUUGGGGGCAUUUAAACUCCACUGUAAAAACUUGGCACAGGAGGUGGCAGGCAAAGGGAAAAGUGAUUGGGGGCUUUAAAUAGAUUCUGGAAGACCUGUUGGGCUGCAUGUCCAGUAGCAGGCAUGCCAGAAAAAAUAAACUUGAGCCUUUUGUGUUCUUGUC